AUGUCAACCGAAAGCAGAGCGGCAUUUCCGAUAUUUUUGCUGUAUUCCGUGAUGUUCUUUUCCGCAAGGAAUCCCAACCCAGAAGCUGCCAGGAUCCUUGUCGUCCCCACGGACUGGAGCCACUGGAUCAUCAUGAAAUCCCUGCUGCUGCAGCUGGUGGAGAGGGGGCACGAGGUGACGGUGCUCCGGAGCGACAAUUCACUAAGGAUUGAGGCAACGUCCGAAGAUUUCGCUGUCGAAACUAUCCGCAUUCCCGCGGGCAAGGCACGCAAAGCCCUCAGUGAAAGCGAAAUCCGUGAUAUUAUCUUCAACUUCAUCUACGUGGAAGACGGUUUCCUCUCCAGCAUCUCCUCUGUCCGCAGUUUAUACGCCCUGUUCUUCAUCAACGUUGAAGUAACUAUUCCGGCCAUUCAGGCUUUGUUCGAGGAUCACGCACUCAUGGAACGACUGAAAGCUGGAGGUUUCAAUGUGAUUUUGGCCGACCCUUACCAUGCAGCCGGUGCCAUGCUGUCCCAUGUACUUAACACACCGUUGGUGUUUUUUGGCAGGUGGAUGAUAUCCGGGGACAUCCACUUUAACUUAGCCCCGUCGCCACUUUCUUUUGUGCCCAUGGUAAAUUCACGUUUAAGCGACAGGAUGUCGCUUUUGGGCAGAUUGAAGAAUGUGCUGAUAUAUGGAAUGUCAAAAUUCCUGAGCAACUUCUACAUUUACCCAGCUUACAAUCAACUGUGUCAGCUUUACCUCAAUGGAGAUAUUACGGUGGAAGAACUUUAUCAAAAAGCGGAUAUCGUCCUAAUGAAGGUUGACUUUGUUUUUGAGUAUCCCCGGCCGACCACGCCAAACCUGGUUUACAUCGGAGGUAUCCAGUGCGGCCCGGGUCGAGCGCUCCCUGCUGAUCUGCAGCGAUUCAUGGACAAUUCUGGCGAGGAUGGCGUGGUGGUCUUCUCCUUGGGGAGUGCGGUGGGUACUCUUCCCCCACAAGUGGCGAGUGAAUUCGCGGCAGGACUGGCCAAGCUCCCUCAGAGGGCGAUCUGGCGGUAUACUGGAGCACUACCCUCAACAUUAGGAAACAACACCAAAAUCUUGAGCUGGCUUCCUCAAAAUGACCUGCUGAGUCAUCCGAAGACAAGAGCGUUCAUCACUCACGGCGGGGAGAAUGGGCUUUAUGAGGCCAUUUUCCAUGGAGUCCCCGUGGUCGGUAUUCCAAUUUUAUUUGAUCAAUAUGAUAACCUUCUGCGUCUCAAAACCCGAGAAGCAGCGGUCAUGUUAGACUUGGCUCACAUGAAAAGCGAUUAUAUUUUUCAUGCAGUGAAGACAGUCAUCGAAAACCCUUCCUAUGCAGAGAACAUGAAACGAUUAUCUGCCUUACACCGGGACGUUCCAGUGCAGCCAAUGGAGCUGGCUGCUUUCUGGAUUGAAUACACAGUAAGGCACCGAGGGGCUGCUCAUUUUAGAGCCGCGGGUAAUGAUCUUCCAUUCUAUCAGUACCACUUACUGGAUGUGUUCACCAUUAUUGUGGUUCUCAUGGGGUUUUUCCUUUAUCUUGCAUUUAAAUUGCUAAAAGCAUUAUUUGUCAAAGUGUGCUUGGCGAGGAAGAGGAAAAGGGACUAA